GAAUAAUUUACCACAGGUCCACAACAUAGUAUUAAGAAGUUUUUGAGUUUCCAAGGUUUAGCCUUUUGGGCUCUGGCUUGAACAAAGUCGCCAGCUUAUGGUGGAAGAGAUGAGCUAUGCAGUCCUACGCCUUCAUGCUCAUCCAUUCCUUGACGGGUCUCUUUCUUCUACCUCCAACAACUCAAGCACCGUUGGUAGCGGAAGCUCGGAGGCCUCUAACCUUGUAGAAAUGAGGCCAACUGUUAAUGGGUACAAGUGGCGUUUGGUUAUUUCAUACGAAGGAACUAACUACGCAGGCUGGCAGUAUCAGGUAUCACCACCGACCGUACAGUGCUUUCUGGAGAAGGCUCUAACUUGUGCAACAAAGCUAGAAAGAAAAGAUCUGUGCUUGGUUGGAGCAGGCAGAACAGAUGCUGGAGUUCAUGCGUUAGGCCAGGUGGCACACUUUGUCACCCCUUUCAACUAUGGCAGCUUGGAAGGCAUUCAUGCUGCUCUGAAUGGUCUUCUUCCUGCUGAUAUCAGAGUUAGAGAGAUUAGCCCUGCAGUGCCUGAAUUCCAUGCCCGAUUUUCAGCAGAAGGCAAGAUUUAUCAUUACAAGAUAUAUAAUGAUGCUAUCAUGGACCCAAUGCAGCGCCAUUUUGCUUACCACAGUGCUUGUAAGCUCAAUGCCGCUGUUAUGAGAGAAGCUGCAAAGCAUUUUGUCGGAAUCCAUGAUUUCACUGCUUUUGCUAAUACAUCCAACAGCGACAGAGUGCGAAAUCCAGUCAAGAGUAUAUUCAGAUUUGACGUCAUUGAAAUGGGAGCACUUUUACAGUUAGAGGUUGAAGGCUCGGGCUUUUUAUAUAGACAAGUCCGGAAUAUGGUUGCUUUACUGCUUCAAGUUGGAAGGAAAGCACUUCCUCCUGAUAUUGUUCCAUGCAUUCUGGCAUCACGAGAUCGAAGGGAGCUUGCUAAAUAUGUCAUGUUUACUCCACCUCAUGGGCUUUGUCUUGUGAAUGUCAUGUACAAUAAGGAUCAUUUGCGGCUUCCACAAGAUUGCCCCACAGGCAGUUUCGGUAAGCAUCAUACUAUAACCAGAUGUAAGCUUCCAUUCUGCUGAAUGUUUCACUUUGUUAAAGAAGAACAAAUUCCAAAUUGUUUUGAAACAUAGAGUAAUGGUAUAAAUGCCAGUUAAACCACACUUCUAUUUAUUUUCCUGUCUAGUAACGUUAAGUACUAAUGUACUCUAGCUUCAUUCGCCAAUUAAUUUAUGACACAGAAAAGUAUGUGAACCAUAUUUUAUCA